UCCCAGCCUUGAAAAGAACAGCCUGUUCCUGUGUCUGAAGAUAUUGAAACAUAAAUUAUAUAAUUUACAGUAAUGCUUUCUUCUGCAAUGUCUGAAGACGUGACCUAUGCAACACUGAAAGUUCAGGAUUCUUCUGGAACAAGAAAUAACUUGGAUGGAAAUAACCUAAGAAAAACAGGGUUUCCAGCUCCGUCUCCCACCUGGCGCCACGCUGCCCUGGGCCUGCUGACUCUUUGCCUGAUGCUGCUGAUUGGGCUGGUGACCUUGGGGAUCAUGUUUUUACAGAUAUCCAAUGAAGUUAACUCAGAUUCAGAGAAAUUGAGUCAACUUCAGAAAAUCAUCCACCAGCAGCAGGACAAUUUAUCCCAGCAACUGGGGAAUGACAAUAACUUUCCUGUGGAGGAGGAAUUUCUCAAAUCACAGAUCUCCAGUCUAUUGAAGAGGCAGGGACAAAUGGCCAUUAAACUCUGUCAAGAGCUAAUCAGUCACACUUCAGACCACAGGUGUAAUCCUUGUCCUAAGACAUGGCAGUGGUACCAAAAUAGUUGCUAUUAUUUUACAACAAAUGAAGAGAAAACCUGGUUUAACAGUAAAAAGAAUUGCAGAGAUAAGAACUCCACCUUGGUGAAGAUAGACAGCUUGGAAGAAAAGAAUUUUCUUAAGUCGCAGCCAUUACCCAUGUUUUCUUUCUUUUGGUUGGGAUUAUCAUGGGACCCCUCUGGCAGAAGUUGGCUUUGGGAGGAUGGCUCUAUUCCCUCUCCAUCCUUAUUUAGUACCAAAGAACUUGCCCAGAUCAAUGAAUCCCGAGGAUGUGCUUAUUUUCAAAAAGGAAAUAUUUAUAUUUCUCGCUGUAGUGCUGAAAUUUCUUGGAUUUGUGAGAAGACAGCUGCCCCAGUGAAGAUUGAAGAUUUGGAUUAAUAUGCUUCUUCCAAAUUCUCCAAGAAGCUAAAUAAUAUUCCAUUGUGUAUACCAUGUGAGCCAGCAAUCCCAUGGAAUUGAAUAUAUCCAGUGGAAUUGAUAUCACAAUUUGGAAGAGAUAACUGAACUCCUACGCCCAUUGCAGCAGUAUACACAAGAGCCAACACAUGGAAGCAGUCUAAGUGUCCAUUCACAAAUGCAUAAAAAGUAAAGAAAAUGUGACAUAUUCAUUUUGUUAAUUUGGAACUAUUUGUUUCUAAGUAUUUAUAUUCUAGGUUGCC